CGCAGUUCUGACCUCAAACAUGGCGACAGAGAGCUGUGAAAAGUGCUGAAUUCUGACUACAUUUCGACAAAUUUGCGAAGGUCGAGUGCUCGGAUCUCUUCAGGAACCUCACCAGAGUUAAUGGUCAACAUGGGCCGAACGCUACUGAAAGAUCACAAGGACAGUAAGAAGGAUAAAGCGGGCAGGAGCAUGUCUCUCACAGGUCCUGGACCAGUCAAAGUGACCGAGUCCUUCUCGUGGGAGGAGUAUUUAAAGGAGACGUCAUCAGUUCCCGCCCCCCCCAGCUGCUUCAGACAGUCUCAGUUUCCUCCCUCAAACGACUUCAAGGCGGGGAUGAAGCUGGAGGCCCGGGACCCUCGUAACUCCACCUCCACCUGCAUCGCCACGGUGAUGGGCCUGAUGGGCGUGAGGCUCCGCCUACGUCUGGACGGCAGCGACAACACCAACGACUUCUGGCGAUUGGUCGACUCCGCCGACAUCCAGCCAAUCGGAACCUGCGAGAAGAACGGAGACAUGCUGCAACCGCCACUGGGCUUCAGGAUGAACGCCUCGUCAUGGCCCAUGUUUCUCCUGAGGACCCUAAACGGAGCCGAAAUGGCCCCUGCCACAGCGUUUAAAAAGGAGCCCCUGCGGCCGCCCCAGAACGGCUUCAAGCCCGGGAUGAAACUGGAGGCGGUGGACAAGAAGAACCCGUACCUGAUCUGUCCCGCCACCAUCGGCGAGGUGAAGGGCGAGGAGAUCUUCGUGAUGUUCGACGGCUGGAGGGGGGCGUUCGAUUACUGGUGCCGAUACGACUCCAGGGACAUCUUCCCCGUGGGCUGGUGCUCUGCCACUAAACACGGGCUACAGCCGCCCGGCAACAGCAUCACCGUUCCAAAACCGGGUCCUACACCUUCCUCGUCCUCAAACCCCAAACCGCCCCGGCGCACCAUGCCGUCUCCGUACCGGCUGCCGACUCCUCUUCCUCAGCUCCCUGUGAGGAAGGGCAUCAGGGGCCGGCGGCCCAAAAGCGAGACCAUCGCGCUUCUGAAAGCUCUGGCCGCCUCCACCUCGGCCCAGGACACAGAAGACCCAGGAGCUGCCACGCCCCAAACCACACCCAUCUCCCAGCAUCCCCUGCGCCCGUACAAGAAGAGGGGACCAAAACCAGGCAGCAAGAGGAAGUCCAGACUCCUUCAGAGCUCCAUGUCUAUAUCAGCCAGCUCAGACUCCAGGGUUCCCAUGACUCGCAUGCCCAGUGAUGGACUCUCUUCUCUGGGAUCCCCGUCAUCUGUGGUGUCUACUGUGUGUGUGUACGUGAAGAAGCACGGGAACUGCGGGCCGCAUCUGGACCGUAAGCAGGUUCAGAGACUGCCGGAUCACUUCGGGCCCGAGGCGGUGAAUCUGGUUCUGCAGAAGACAGUUCAGGCCUGUCUGGAUUGUGCGUACCAACCCAAAGUGCUUCUGGGAUGCCUUCAGAGCCAAGGGGGCGGAGGAGAGGUGGUCAGAGUCCGGACAGAUGGUGGGACGCGGUUGGUGAAGCUGCCGUCAGCGUCCAGCGCCGGGUGUGUAUUACGCUUCCUGGAACUGGUGUGUCGACACCUGCAGUGUGAUAAUCUGUUCAGCAGUCAACCGUUCAGUCCACACCACAACUAUGAGCGCGCCAAAUCAGUGAAGGAGGAGCUUCUGUCGGACGGGCAGUCUCUGAUCAGGGCAGUGAAGAGGAUCUCCAGAGAGUCUCCACCGUACUGCGCUCCUCUCUCCCCGAAACUCCUCCACACAGACACACACCCCUCAGAAGCCGAGACUCAUCCUCCAGAGGAGAACGGGUUACUGAAGGAGCAGCGCUUCAUGGACUCCGCCUCCAACUCCAUGACGCCCCGCCCACAAACCCUGAGAAGCACCUCCGAAUACCAAUCAGCACCCAGCAGCCCGUAUUACCAUGGCAACAGGCCCCCUCUACGGCGACAGGCCUCCAACCCGCCCCCACACACACACACACACAGGCGCGUGGAGGCAGCGAGCUCGACCACGGGUCCCGAGGCGGCGGAGCGCGACCUUCCCAGAACCCCCGGCAGGAGCCCGGCCUCCUGGUCCAUAGAGGAAGUGAUGCAGUUUGUGUGUGACGCCGACCCCACGGCCCUCGCCCCGCACGCGGAGCUCUUCAGAAAACACGAGAUCGACGGUAAAGCGCUGAUGUUACUGCGCAGCGACAUGGUGAUGAAGUACAUGGGUCUGAAACUGGGACCAGCGCUCAAACUCUGCCAUCACAUCGAGAGACUCAAGCAGGGGAAGCAGUGAAACACACACACACACACACACACACGCUGCUACAGAGGGGGCUGAUAGGAAAUCACUGUGUGCUGCUCGCUCGUCUCUCCAUAAACACACACACACACACCAUCUCUCCUGGACGUUCAUGUUCAGCCUGAGGAACACUAGUGCCGCUCUCUGGGAACGAACCUUGAACCUCCUCGUCAGGAACCAACAGGAAGUCAGUUCUUACUUCCUGUGAUCUCGUCUCCCCAAAGAUGCCGAGGCUUUACGGGACGAUUAUCUCACCGAUAACGGCCGUUUUUUAAGUCUGAUUAAUCGCUCUACCUCCCUGUGACGUCCUACAAGUUCACAGGUGCCACUGAAAACUUUGCAAGUCUUGUUUGUGUGUUUAGUUGGCGUCAAACAAACACGAGACACACACAUCAUGUUUUCGCGAUCUCACGGGA